CUUCCCCUUUCUUUUUUUUUUUCUUUUUGGACCAUGACAACAAUACUUUCACCAAAGGAUCCUUUAUCAAUUACUUGCGACAAACUGAGGUAUUUAGGGAAUGGUCAAGUCACUUUUAACCGGUACUUUACUACUGGUGUGGGAUUGAUUGAAAUCAACCAACCUGAACGACAUAACUCAUUAUCAGGGAAAAUGAUGGUAGAAUUCAGAGAUAUUAUUCUAGAUUUGGAACAAAGACAACAAGACGAUGAUUUAGUCGCUCUUAUUGUUACUGGUAGUCGUGGGAAAUCUUUUUGUGCUGGUAUAGAUUUAGUAUUUGUUCGUGAAUAUAUGCAUGGAUCUAUGGAUAAUACAGAAACGGUGAAUCGAUUAAUGCAUGAUACUCUGACACGUCUAUCUCGUCUUCCAUUGAUUACGGUGGCAUCCAUAUCAGGAGCAGCAUUCGGUGGUGGCACGGAACUUAUCACAGCAUUUGAUUAUAUUUGUAUGGAUUCUUCUACAAUUCUUCGAUUUGUACAAACAAGGAUGGGUGUAUCAUCUCCUUGGGGAGGUGCUCGACGAUUGGUGGCUCGAAUUGGACGAAAAUAUGCUCUCAAAGUGUUGGCAGGUGCUCCUACAAUAGAUGCUGCUUAUGGUUUGGAAAUUGGUUUAGUGGACAAAGUGGUCAAUGCAAAAAAGAAGGAUGAAGCUUAUAAUACCUGUUUGGAUGGUUGUCUUGAAUUGAUUGAACCAUUCAUAUAUGAUCAGAAAACCAAAGAACGUGUCUCCCCUGCUGCCGUACGUGGAAUGAAAAUGUUGGUAUCUAGAUCAGAUGAUGUACAUAAUGAUAUAGAUUAUGAAAUGUUAUUAUUUAACAGUGUAGUUGGAUCUUCUAAAUUAUGAAAUAAAAAACUCUCUUUUUUUUAUGUACCGUA